AUGGCACCGCGCGUCGAGCUGUACACGGCUUACGAGCUGUCGCCUGUUCAAGAAAAGAUCAAGCAGGCAAACCAAAGCGGCAAGUACGGGCCGGUGCCGAAGCGUUGCGUCGUCACUGGCGGGCUUGGCUUCGUGGGCCAGCGCUUGGUCGAGACGCUCGUGGAGCGCGGCGCGGAGCAGGUUGUUUCUUUCGACAUAGUGCCGCCGGCAGCCAACGUGUGUCAGAACAAGGCCAUUAAGUAUGUCACGGCAGACCUUUGUGACUUCGACGCAGUUCUACAAGCUGUUGAAGGUGCAGACUGUGUUUGGCACAAUGCAGCUGCGGUCGGCCCAUUCCUGCCGAAGCACUUUUAUAAAAAUGUGAAUGUGAUCGGGACAAGGAAUGUGCUGGAGGCGUGCAAAAAGCAAGGAGUGAAGAAGCUGGUGUUCUCAUCAACACCGUCUUCACGCUUCACCUGCACGGACGAUGUUGAUGGCCAAACCGAGGCAGAGAUGCCCGACAUUCCCCAGGAUCGCUAUGUGGCCGAGUAUUCGGCAACCAAGGCAGAAGGAGAACUGCUGCUGCGCAAGGCUUGCAAGGAGGGGGAGAUCCUCUUCAUUGCAGUCGCCCCUCACACCGUCUAUGGGCCACGGGACAAUCUGUUCCUGCCUAACCUCUUGGAAGCCGCGGGCAUUGGCAAGCUGCGUGUCUUCGGCAGUGGCAAGAGUCGGGUUGGGUACACGCACGUGGAUAACUACUGCCACGGCCUGGUUAUCGCCGAGAAGCAACUCUACAAAGAAUCACCGCAUCUCGGGAAGUUUUACGUGUGCACGGACGGCGCGACCCAUCCACAUCCGGAGGGAUACAGCGUCUUCUGGGAAGAACUCGAUCAGGCAGUCACCGGCAUGGGCUUCGACUCCUUGUACAGCAAGAUGGCUCUUCCUUAUUUCCUGCUGAGGAUUGUCGCUUUCAUCUGCGACACGAUCACUGCAUUUACCGGGAAGAAGUUAAAGCUGGGAUGGUUCACCCUGCGGAUGCUGACAAUGCACAGGUGGUUUCGCAUCACAGCUGCGCAAACUGACCUUGGUUAUCAGCCCGUGGUGUCAUACAAAGAAGGGUGGCCAGACACCAUCGAAUGGUUCAGGAAUAAGUGGCUGCCGACUUUCGAUCCGAAGACGGCAUCUGGCACCACCGGGUCCAUAGCGCAGCAGACGGUGGACAAGGUGAAGCUACAGGAGCAGAAAAUGCAAAAGCAUCACGAUCUGCCGCGAAGCCUCUUAGCAGGAACUCUUUGUAGAUCUCGUCACGUCGACCAAAACAUCACGAAAGACAGCCGCGCUGCAGAUCUUGGCGGGCAGGUCAAGGACCUGCGAUUGGACGUCACGGAGCUGUUGACGCUGAAGGUGAAGCCUCGCCUCGUCGCCCUGGAGAGGGAUGCCAGCGAGAUGCGCAGAAGGUUCCUCGCGCUCCCUACUGGCAUCGCUGGUGAGGCUGGCGGCCGUCGCGGGGUUCCCGACGACUCCGACAAGGCCAAGAAGUCGAUACAGGAGAUGGGGGAGGGGUGCUACGCGGGCAUCGGCUUUGGCCAUGUCGCUGCCUGCCCGGCUUUGGAAUCCCGGCAGCGCGCUCGUGCAGGAGUUCGCGCGCAGUACCUCAGCCCUUCUCAGUUCGUGCCUUCGGCUCCGGCAGAAACUGUCGAGCCGCCACUUGGAGAGGCAAUUCCAGAAGGCCUCUUGGAAUUGAACGAGGUUCCUGACGUCCCUGCUGAUGUGCCUGUGGAGCCCUUGACCGGGCUGACGUCAGAGACUCCUGCAACAGCAGCGGGAUCUAACUUUCUGACCGGAUUUCUCACCAGUGCGAUGAACAGCUUCUUUGCUCCCGAGCGACAGGCCGCGGAGCAACAGGGAGGCACGGUCGCCCAGCUAGUGACCCACGGCGUCUUUCUGACAACGGCCUGGUUCGUCUCACGUUCAUCGCCCUGCCGUGGAGUUGCCGAAGUCAUUGGCUCUGCCUUUCAGCGGGUGCCGCUGCUUGGGCAGGGACCCUUCGGAUCAGUUGUACAGAUGGUUGUCGGUGCGCAGCUGGGUGAAUUCGCAGGGCGUAAGCUUGGCGAGCUCCGCGGGAAGACAACUGGCCCCGCAGUUGGCGCAGAAGAAGGUGCCCCGUUCGAAAUCUACCUGUCAGAGAUGUGCGUUCUUUGCCACGAUGCUUUUGGGAACGGAGCUAAUCGCGUGGCUGCUUUAAGUUGUGGCCACGCAUGCCUGUGCUCCGACAAUGGCUGUGUAGCCCAAUGGGAGGCUUCGGCCCUUCCGGGGCAACGGGCCUUGCUCGAUAGAGCACGGCGAGAGAUGCAACGGCAGGAGGAUGUCGCGCAAAGCCACGCGGCCAAGUUCCAUUGCAUCGAGGCAUCCCUGGAUGCGGCCAGCCGUGAGUUGACCACGGAGGCCCGCAGCACCAUGCAGCUCGCGGAGCGGAAGGCCGAGGCGCUGGCCUCGGACGUGGCAGAAAAGGUUGGACGAAGUGCCGCAGAGGAGCAGCUGGAUCAGGCUCUCGGCACCUUUCGGGAGGAGCUGAGCCAGAUCCGAGGUGGCACACUCGAGGCUAGCCAGACCAGCUCGCUCUUGCGAGCCGAGCUUUCGGAGGCCAAGACUUGCUUCGCGGAGGCCGAUGCACAGCUCUGUGAUCAGAUGGAUGGUCUGCGGGGGUCCUUCACGGAGGCCAACGGCGCGCUGCGAGUGCAGGUGGAGGAGGCGAAGGCUGCAACUGCUUCUUCCAGCGAGGCGACGGGGUGCCUUCGUCACGACGUCGAAGCCGUCAGCUCCGAGGUGCGAACGACGCAGCAGGAGGUCCAAUCCUUGAAGCGAGGAUCACAGGAGGCCAAUGCGGCCGUGAGAGAGGGCUUCGCGAAGGUGCAGACACUGUCAGCUGAGGCGAUCGCAGGCCUCCGUCAACAACUUGCCGAGACGAAAACCGACUUGGCAGAGGCGGAGAAGAGCCUGCAGAUGGAGCAUGCAAAAGUGCUGAAGUUUGCCGGACAUGCUGAGUUCGAGGCCCAGACGGCUGCGCAUCAGACUUCGCGGCUUGCUGCCGGUCUUCGGGGGGUCGAGGAGACACUGGAACGUCGCAUGCAGUGGGUGGCGGCGUCCAGCAACGAAUUGGAAGCCUCGGUUUCGCAUGCCUUCGCGGAGUCUCACUCCGCACUGGCGCGCACCUCCCGGGCACUUGCGGCGGAGGUGGUGGCUGAGCGCUGUCGCUCUGCACAGGUAGAGGAAGACGUGGUCUCACGGCUGAGGAGGUUUGAGGAUGCUGUCAGCGGCGACUCCCGUUCGCAGGCAGAUGCAGUCGAGCAGCUCAACCAGGCUAUCGCUGUUGCCGCACUGCGAAGGCAGGGAGAGGAGCGCAACCUCUUGAAGAAGGUCCAUGACUCCUUGCGGAGCGUUGAGGAGCGGCGUCCUCUCGAGCGUCGGGAACUCGUCGAGGCUGCGGGACGAGCCGUGGCGGAGGCUGGCUGUGCAGAUUCGCCGCAAGGACGGCAAGAUACACUUAAGCACGUCGGCGGGACCUGGCUUGAGGGGGUUGUGGGACUGGGAGUCGUGAGCCUUCGACGGCUUCUGGGCCCUCACUCCUCACCUCGCCCAGUGAUGGCUCGACGCAUUGAUGGGCUCUACUGCACGGCGGAAACUGCCGAUGAAGUGGUGAGGCGUGUAAUUGCAGAGACCCACAACGAGGCGGAGAAGGUCCGAAACGAGGUUGCAGCAGCUGUGUCCGAGCGCAUCCAAGCGCUCCAGGCGCGGCAGCAGGAGCUGCUAAACCAGAUUGACUUCAUGGUGCAGUCCAAAGUGCAGACGUUGGAGAACCAGCUCCAAGAGAUCCAGGGUCAAGUCUGUCCUUUUGCGCCGAACCAAGAGGAUCCUGACGGGGCGCCGAUGGAAGGUGUCUUCCUACUCCGUGCAGACGCAGUAGUUCGCUUCAGGCUUGGGGACACGGACUUCGGAGAGAAGAUUCCAGAAUGGGGCCAGGUCGGCGAGAAAUCGACCUAUGCCUCCAUGAGCUUCGCGAAGGGACCCGGGCUUGGAGUGCUCAAGGUCAACAAUCCCUCAUUCCUGUGGGUGUUUGCGUGUGAUCGAGACGGUGCUCGCCGCACAGAGGGAGGUGAUCGAGUGGUGGCAACUCUGUCCCACCCGGAGGACUUCCAGGAUGUGGCUGUAGAGGAUUUGAAAGAUGGCAGGUACAAAGUGACCUUCUUGCCAUUAACACCGGGCAGCUUCAACUUGCAGAUUUCCAUCGGACAAGAAGGUGCCGAUGAGGACUUGACCGGGUGUCCCUUCACCUUGGAGGUGAGACCACCGACGGUCUAUCACACCAUAGGGAUCGAUGGAGAGGUGGAAGGGAAGGCCCAGCUAGGCAGUCCCGGAGAGCCUCACGUUCCGGACCGCAUCGGUUGUGUCCAUCAUCCUUGCGGAGUCGCGUUUGACCGCACCGGCAGAUACUUCUUCAUCGUGGACCAGAGCAACCACCGAGUCCAGGUCUGGGAUUCCUCGACUCAGGAGGUUCUCGGCGCUUGCGGGUCGAAGGGCCUCGGGCCUGCACACUUUGACACGCCUUGCGGCAUAGUUGCCGACCGCGAGAACAAGAUCGUGGUGUCGGAUCUUCUGAACCAUCGGCUCCAGGUCCUGGAGUUCAACCCGAGGACUGGGGAUCUGCACUUCCUCCAUUCCGUGGGCGGUGAGGGGAACGGUCCUUGCCAGUUCUCCUUCCCAAAGGGGCUCGGGCUCACGGAGAACGGUUGCCUUCUGGUCUGCGACUCCGCGAACCACCGCGUUCAGGUCUUGGACAUGGAAGACUUUCACAUGGUUCGGGAGUUUGGAUCAUUUGGCCCUGGCGAUGGGCAAUUUGAUUCACCGCUUGCAGCCACGAUCACCUGCACCGGGGACAUCAUGAUAUCUGAUGCGAACAACCGCAUCCAGGUCUUCGAUGCCAAAGGGAGCUUCCUGCGAUCGUUUGGUGUGCGCGGCAAGAAGGAUGGUUUCUUCCAUUAUCCCGUGGGCAUUGCCGUGAACGACGAGAACGCCCUCUUCGUUUGCGAUCAAGGAAAUCAUCGUGUCCAGGUCUUCAAUGCAGCUGACGGCAGCUUCAUCCACAAGUGGGGUGGCUCCAGAAAGAAGAAGGAGCCACCCGCAGAGGACGAACAGGAGGCCCCUCCGGCUGAGACGGAGGAUGAGGGCGAGAAGCCGGAGGAAUGGCAGGGCUUGCGGUCCCCUGCGGGAAUUGCUGUGAAUGCCAGUGGGAUGAUUGUGGUCACGGACUAUCACAGCCAUUCCAUUUACGCAUUCUGA